ACCUUCGGAGCCAAAAUGUCGGCUUUACUGCCCGGUAGCAAAUGGGAUAAACUAUUUAACCAAACCGGGGAAACGAGGGUUAGACGUCAAGAAACUUAUCUUUCCUGGGGAAAAUACAUCCGUAUUUAACGUAGUGUAACUAUUUAAUUGCUCUUUUUUUAAAAAUAACUCUCACACAUUAUUUCACAUUGUUAAAUACGUCGUCUGUGGACACCCAUUCUUGACUGGGAAUGAAGACGUCUUGACGCACUGCUGAAGGAUGCGUGUAUUACUUCUUAAGGAACCGAGAGAUGAGAAGUCUGGACCUGAUCCCUACAUUAAGGAACUGGAAUCGCAUGGACACAAAGCAACACUCAUUCCUGUGCUGUCGUUUAAGUUUGUCUCGUUAGACACCUUUUCGGAUAAGCUUUUCCAGCCAGAGAAACAUGGCGGCCUGAUCUUUACCAGUCCCAGAGCCGUGGAGGCUGUGGAGAUGUGUUUAGAGGCCGAACAAAGAAGAGAAGAAUGGAACAAAUCCAUAAAAGACAAAUGGAACACAAAGUCCAUCUAUGUGGUCGGGAAGGCAACUUCAGCAUUAGUUCAGCGUCUGGGUCUGAAGCCCCUGGGAGAGGACACGGGGACAGCCGACGUCUUAUCUCGUCUCAUCAUUGAACGAGAGGAUACCAACAUCCCACCACUUUUUUUCCCCUGUGGCUCAAUUAAAAGAGAAGUCUUGCCCACGGCUUUAAGGGAAAAGGGAGUUCCCUUAGAGACGCUGACUGUCUAUCAAACAGCUGAACAUCCGGAUCUUGAGAAAAAUCUGAAAAACUACUUCACAGAGCAGGGGACUCCCGCGAGCAUAGCUUUCUUCAGUCCAUCCGGGGUCAAGUUUUGCCUGGAAGCAGUUAGGAGGCUGUCAGGGAAACAGCUCGCUGAAAUAAAGUUUGCUGCCAUCGGGCCGACUACGCGAGAUGCUAUGACAGCAGAAGGCCUGUGUGUGAGCUGCACAGCUGAGAAGCCAACGGCUGAGCAUUUGGCUGCAGCGAUAGCCGAGGCUCUGCAGUGACCGCCCUCUGAUGCGUUGCAUCAUCUAAAAUCUGUCCUAUUUAUCUGUUGUCUGUCUGAUGAGUGUAUGUUACGUAUAGAAAUGUCAAACUAUUUGUGAUAUGUUGCUUGAGUCAAAGUUUCCACUGAGAAAAUGUUGCUGUGUCAUCAUGAUGGUUAAGGAACUUUAUUUAACUCCAAAAAUAAAUAUAUUUUGAAAAUAAA